UUGUGCAUGCUUGGCCCUUUAUAUAAUAAUUUGAUUGAAUUCCCUUGAGAGAGACAUUCAAGUAAUUUACUUCCUACUUAAUCAUGGAAUUUAGACCCAUGCGUAAGUUUGCUGUUUUUGUUGUUGCAGUGAUUGUUCGCAGUCAUUUAGUUUUCUCUGCCAAUGCAAGACCAAUGAAAUUCCUGAUCGGCGUCUCCGCAAUGCACAAAGCAGAUCAUCCUCAACCAAAUGCUGAGCAAGUAUUGCCACCCUCUAUACCAUUACCAGCUAAAACCUCAGGUUUUGGUGAAUCAGUGAGGGGUUUCAAAGAUGACUUUCGGCCCACUGCACCGGGGAACAGCCCCGGUAUCGGGCAUUCUUUCGAAGAAGAUAACGAUGAAAGGAAUGAAGAAAAAGGGGCAAGUUUUAGGUCCACUAAUGGCAAGCAUGCCCAAGAUUUCAAGCGUACAAGUCCAGGGCACAGCCCUGGAGUUGGUCAUGUUUUUUCAAGCAAAAUUUCUAAGAAAAAUGUCUAGGUAUUUCUUCUUCAUUUCAAAACUUUGUAAGUAGCGGAUUAAAAGGAAGUUGUUCCAAUAAUCACGUAGGAAAUGCAUGAAUGCUCGUAGGUUUUAAAGACAGAGGUUCGAGUUCAGAUGUAACAAAAUAAUUGUCCCUGCUUUAUUUGGGUCAUGAACUGUACUCUUUGCAAUGUUUGCUUUCAUUCGUAUUAAUAAAUUGUUUCCAACUUUAAGAAAUUAAAACAGAAAA